UUCAAAGCUUUUGAGCUAGUACUUUUAAAAAUUUGCUUAGCUAGCUAGUUUUGGACACUCCAAUUUUCUUCGAUUCCAAAGAUGAUGUCCGAAGAAACCAUUUCUGUUCCUUCCAACCUCAAAGUUGCCAUGGUUGAAAUUCAUGACCCAAACUCAAACCCUAAUCCUAACCCUAAUUCAAGUUCAGCUAAGAGAAAGAGAAGUUUACCCGGAACACCAGAUCCAGAUGCAGAAGUGAUUGCUCUGUCGCCAAACUCACUGAUGGCAACCAAUCGUUUCUUAUGCGAAGUUUGCAACAAGGGUUUUCAGAGAGACCAGAACCUGCAGCUGCAUCGGCGAGGGCACAAUCUUCCAUGGAAGCUACGACAAAGAACGAACCAAGACGUGAAGAAGAAGGUUUACGUGUGUCCAGAGAAGAGUUGCGUGCACCAUGACCCUUUCAGAGCCUUGGGAGACCUCACAGGUAUAAAGAAACACUAUAGUAGAAAACAUGGUGAGAAGAAGUGGAAGUGCCACAAGUGCUCUAAGAAAUAUGCAGUUCAAUCUGAUUGGAAGGCCCAUAGCAAGAUUUGUGGCACUAGAGAGUACAAAUGUCACUGUGGCACAAUAUUCUCCAGGAAGGACAGCUUCGUAACGCAUAGAGCAUUUUGUGAGGCCUUGGUGGAACAAAGUGCGAGAAUGACUUCAUUACCAUCAGUUUUGAUAAACGCUCAAACACCAAGAAACCCUCACGGUUUACUUGGGUUAGGCCCUGAAGUACCAUUAAUGGGGAAUUUGCCUCUAUGGCUAGACCAAGCCAAUCCUCAGCUUCAUCAUCCUCUUAGCUUUCCAAGCAACACGAGUGCAUGCACCUUCCCUGAUUUAGUCCAAACAAGUAACAUGUUUGGAUCAUCACCACAGGCACAGUGGCUCAUGAAUUACCGAUACCAAGAAGCAUCAUCAUUUACUAGUGGCAAUCUAUCUAUGCCACAAGGAUUGAAGCUAGAACAAGAAGAAAACAAAGGAGACUUGUCACAUAGCGUAAGCUCUUUGUACUCAAGUAAUAUUCAGAACCCACAAGGAGGCCCAAUUCACAUGUCAGCCACACCAUUUUUGCACAAAGCAUCCCAAGUGGAAUCUACGAGGAUCAAUAAUAUUGAUCACAUAGCCUUCAACAACAACUCUAACAAUGUCUUUGGCUUGUUCGGCUCAAAUCUCUCAAGCACAUCCUGCAGCAACAACCGGAACAACGUUGUUGAAAUUCAGAAAAUUUUCAAGCAAGCAAAUCAGGCUGAAAUUUUCAACGAUAUGGUGAAUCAGAAUCCCCAUGUAAGCACACAUAAUGGAGGUGGCUUUUCAUUAAAUGACUCAAACUCGAGCUCGUUUGUGAUUGAGAAUGGCACCAAGAAUGAAGACCAAUUGGGCUUAACAAGAGACUUCUUGGGAGUUAGAGAUGAAUCAUUAAGCAGACCCUUCUUACAACAAGAGCUCGCCAAGUUCAAUAUUCCAAUAGGAUCAUUCAUGAACCUGCAAAGCCAGUUCGGUGGACAUUAUUGAUUGAGUUGCAAUAUAAUGAAGUAGUUUAGGAUUGAACUCUAGUAUUGUUCUAUGAUAAUAAUAAUAAUCAGAGAUUAGGGGCCAGAUUGCACGGUGAAAUUAACUGGAAGAUAUCACGUGUUAUUGAUAUCAUAGAGAGGUCUCGUGAGGGAGGUGGGGGCCAUUGCAUUUUGAAAGAGACUAUAUAUAUUCUUUCCUUUCUCUGCCUGUUAUAUAUCGUUAAGUUAAAAAUUAACCACUUUUUCUUAAAUUAUAUCUU